AUGAGCUCCGCUAUCGAAAAAAUUUCUUCGAAUAGGAGUAGCAGUAGCGAUACAGUGUCCACUGUUUACAAAGAGAAAGAGAUCGAAGAGAUCGAAUCAUAUAUCGAAGAAAAAAACAACUCGACUGUCUACAACCCGAAAGAUGAUCCUAAUCAUCCUGUGAAUUGGCCCAAGGGUAAGAAAUAUAGCGGCCUCAUUGUUGUGUCAUGUAAUUCAUUUAUGGGCUAUUUCUCAUCGGCAGUAUACAUGCCCGCUACUCAUGAUAUUAUGACCUACUUUAAUACAAAUCUCACUACCAUUAAUGCAACUAUUGCCCUCUUUUUAUUGAUGAAUGCUCUUGCUCCUUUGAUCUGGGCUCCACUUAGUGAACGUAUUGGAAGAAGAUGGGUUUAUAUCAUUGCGAUGGCAAUUUAUACAGUUUGUACAAUUAUUUGUGGUGUCUCUACGAAUUUAGGGGUGUUUUUUGCAUUCCGUUUGCUUCAGGGUAUAUUUGCUUGUGCUGGGCAAGCAGUUGGUGGGGGCAGUGUCUCUGAUAUAUUUGAACCUCAUGAGCGAGGAAAGGCCAUGAGUAUUUACAUUUUAGGUACAAUUCUUGGUCCUGCUGUGGCUCCUAUUGCUGGCGGCUAUAUUGAUCAGUACUUAGGAUGGCGUUGGAUAUUUUAUAUCAAAACUAUUAUGGGCGGUGUGCUUACCAUCUUAAGUUAUGUUCUGAUUAAAGAGACUUUAUAUGUUCCUAAUGCCAAACAACUUCCUCCACCUGCAAACUUUAAAGAACGUUUAUCUAGACUCAAGUUUAAUCCCUUCGGUAGUCUUGAACUCUUAUUACAGCCCGAAGUUUUGGUCACCUGUAUUCCUGUUAGCAUCGCCUUUGGUUGGUUUUAUUUCUUAGUGACUAUUCUACCUACCACUUUCGGAAGUGUAUAUAAAUUUUCUACGGCUGGUGGUAUUGGUAACACCUCAGGAUCAAUUGUAGCUGGUGCAAUAUCCGAUAAAUUAUAUGCUAAAGCUGUUUCUCAAAAUGCCGGUGUUCUUAAAAGCGAAUUACGUUUAAGGCCUAUGUAUAUCGGAAUACCAUUUAUUGUCAUUGGUUCUGUCAUGUAUGGCUGGUUCCUUAAGUCUGGAGUACAUUGGAUGGGUCCUUUGGCUUCUUAUACAAUUACUACUUUCGGAAUUAUGUUUACGAUUACUGUCGCCACCACUUACAUGGUUGACUCUAACCAUACUAAGGCAGCAUCAGUUGUAUCAGUUGGUAAUUUCACAAGAAAUAUUUGUGGUAUGAUAUUUUCUUUAACUGCUGUGCAGAUCCGUGGAUCUCUUGGUGAUGGGUGGUCAUACACAUUUAUGGCCCUAAUGUGUCUCACUGCCUAUUUAAUCUGCGUUCCCAUGGUCCAAAAAUUUGGAGAGGGAUGGAGAGCGAGAAGACAAUAG